AUGGAUGUUUCGCGGAAGAAGCUCAAGACAACACGCUCACGGACUGGGUGCCUUACUUGUCGAAAAAGAAAGAAAAAGUGUGAUGAAUUGCUGUAUCCAGUGUGUCAGAAUUGCGAAUGCAAGAACCUACAAUGUUCCUGGCCACCGAUUAAACUAGAUCUUCACAAGAAACUCGAGGAAGUCAAAUAUACUGAUUCUUCUUCUGUGACCAGUUCUUCUGUCUUGACAAGUUAUGAGAAAAGUUCCGUCCUGGGUGAACACAGCUCGAUGGAACCAGGUAGUAUAAACCUAAAAGAGCUAAACAAUACUUUUGAGAUGGAUUACUUGGCAACCUCUGCCAGUAGAAACAAUAUCGAUCUUGUUAACUUAUCUGCUAGCUCGGAAUUUGGGUCUCCUACUGGUUCAACUACAUUGCAUACAAGAGUUAUUCCUAAAAUACGACGUCCAGACCAAUCUGAAACUAGUGGUGUCAAGUUUGGACAUCUGAAGUGGACACUGGGGCAUUUGAUCGAUAAAAAAAAGUCCAGCAGAAGUUUUUCAGGUUCUGUACGACCUCAUGGUUACUUCUUGGAAAGAAUCGCAAUGCAGCAGGACUGUGUUGAAACUGAAGAUUCGGUCAAGGACUUUGAUGUGGAUCCAUUAGUAGAGUUCAGUGAUCAAACUCAAAGCCCGCAAAGUCUGACAAGAUCAUUUUUGGAUCCAUCUCUGUACCCAGAUUACCAGUUUGAUUUACUUAGUGGUAAGGCUGGACUAGUGGCUGGAAUUCCAAUUAUUACCCAAUCCACAUCUAAUCUUGCUACGCCGACUAGCUUCUCCCCCCGGUCUCUAAACCCAACAAUAUCUAUAGAGUCAAACUGUGCAAAGCUCAAUCUGAAAUCACCCACACCAGAAACAUCUACCAACCGAUAA